AUGGAGAAACGACGCGUGUUACUCAUUUAUGCGUCGUCCGGGGUAGUUCAGGGUGAUCCCUCGGGGCUGGCUACUCAGUGCGACUAUGGCAGAAUAUCAUCUCCUUUUGAUGCGAACUUGGAUAAGUUGCCUCGUGAUGAUCAAAGCAAAAGUGUGAGUUUGGGAGGUACAGCUGAAUCAAGUGGCCUUUGGAAUGAGCAGGCACUUAGAUAUUAUGGUAAAAUUGAGGAUAUAGGUGGGAGUUACUGCUUGAAGAGGCCUAUUGCCGCUCCAUUAAUGACUGAAACUUGUACAAACGGAGGAGCUUCUCAUAGUGAUGAUCUUUUGAGUUGGGAAAAGCAUGGUGGAUUUAUAAGUGGAAAACACGUGGAUGCAUCAUCAAGCUUGGAUUUGCCUAGAGUAUUUCAUGAAACACAUCCUCAGGCAGCAAUGCCAGAGUUAUCUUGA